AUGGACGCUACACCUGCCUACGAGAGGGCUCUCAAUGAGUCCCAGAUCCAUGAACAGCUUCCGAAUGAGAUUGCGGAACUCAUUCGCACAGCUUCUGGGACUCAGUACCUGAAUGCGCUUGCGGUUGGCGCUUCAAGGUCAGGAUGUACAGAAAAUUUCUUUUGCAUAUUCGAACCGAUUUUUGUGGACUUGGCAGCACGAUGGAUUUUGUCCGACUUUCAACUCAACCAAAUCGAAGUUAUUUCCGCAUUUGCGCGAAUCCUACCUUUCGCGCCGUAUCUUCGACCCUUUGCUAGCCAAUAUGCCAUGUCCCGGGCUGGACCUUUGUCGACGUUGGCUGCGUCCGACGAGCAAACACUAAUGCAGAUGGAUGAUGCUACAAUUCGCACCUUACUUCUAGCGAUCUUUCGACUUCUUUCAUACGAUUUAGAGACCUUUUCGAAUUCCGUGUCACCGUCCCGACUCCAGCUCUUUUUCCGACACCGAGACUCGUCCGUUCGAUACCUUGCAGUGCGAUGCUUUGCUCUGUACGUGCGCGCAGCCGAUGCUGCCACGGAGAAGUUGGUUCGGGCAAAUAUCACCGGGGAGGCUUUUGAGGGCAGUUGGGAAGGCAUCGUUAUCGACUAUCGCUGCCUUGGUCUAUGGGAAGAGCGCCGGUGGGAUACUCUUCUGAAGCGAGUUGAGCUUGCAAGAUCUAGUCGUUCAACUGUGGAAAGCUUAUCUCAGGUUGAGAGCCUACGAGAAUAUUUCACUCCGCGAACUGCCGAGGUUUGUGGUGUCUUAAUACCACGACUGAAUGACACGGUAUCUCCGGCGUCUUCAAUGGUGAAAACACCAACCGCAGUGGGAAACCUGCGGAAGGUCGCUUCAUCUUUGACCACGUCUAGUCCUCUGCUCUUGAUCGGCUUGCCAAACUCCGGGAAGACUUCACUAGUCAAUGACAUUGCGGCGACAAUGGGCCAAUCGGAAUCCAUGGUCACACUUCAUUUGAAUGAACAAACAGAUGCCAAGAGUCUUCUUGGAAUGUAUUCGACCUCCCCGACCACAGGUUCAUUCGCGUGGCAGCCGGGUGUGUUGACGAAGGCGGCAAGAGAAGGCCGCUGGAUUCUGAUUGAAGACUUCGAUCGCGCUCCCUCUGAAGUCAUUGGCCUUAUUCUCCCUAUAAUAGAGAAAGGGGAAUUGACCAUAGCCAGCAGAAAGGAGCGAAUUAAGUGUGCUGAAGGAUUCAAAAUCAUUGCCACCAUGAAGUCUUCGUACAACAUCGCUGGCGAAGAGAUCGCCCCAAAUACCACCAUCCUGGGCAGCAGGUUAUGGCAGCGAGUUUCUAUCGAUUCCCUCUCAAUUGAUGAGAUCCGCGAGGUGAUAACACAAAAGUUCCCUCUUCUAGAAUCCCGGAUCCAGAUCAUCAUGAGCGUGUAUCAAAACCUCUGUUCUUCCUUCCACGGGAGCCUUGCGAUUAAAAGCUCCCAAGGCCGGACCCCGGGUCUUCGUGACUUAAUAAAGCUUUGCAGCCGACUGCAUAAGCGACUGCAGCGUCUAGGUGUAAAGACGGGCUACGAAGCUACCCCUGAAGGUGCUGACGACGAAAUUUUCAUGGACUUUGUGGAUAUCUUCCUCAGUUACAUCCCCGAGAAGUCUAUGGCAGAAUCCCUGGCUCUGGUCGUUGCGGAAGCGCUUCAGAUAUCGCCUCAGCGAGCACAAUAUACCCUUCAUGAGCGCGUUCCAGCAUAUUCAGACCAGGGAAACAGUCUUGUGCUUGGAAGAGAAAUUUGCCGGAAAGUCAAGGUGCCUACGGGUUCAUUAUCCAAGAUGUCUGCUGCCUCGUCACGCUUCGCUUCUACAAGAUCUGCUGUCAGCCUUAUGGAACAAGUUGCAGCUGCCAUGCAAAUGGCAGAACCCGUUCUUCUUGUUGGAGAAACUGGUAUCGGAAAGACGACAGUGAUCCAACAACUGGCCACCUUAUUACGCCAAAAGCUCACGGUAGUGAACUUGUCACAACAGAGUGAAAGCUCUGAUCUUCUAGGUGGUUUUAAACCCGUGAACAUUCGUACUAUGGCUGUCCCUCUGCUUGAUGAAUUUACCUCGGUAUUCGAGUUGACAUUCUCAGCAAAGAAGAAUCACAAGUUCCUGUCAUCCGUCUCUAAAAGCGUUACCACGGGAAAUUGGGUACGCUUGGUAAAUCUUUGGCAUGAAGCCGUUCGGUUAGCGGAGGGUGUUUUCAAAGCAGACAAUAGGCAAGGGAAAGAGUCCGAGGAAGGACAGCCAGCCAAAAAACGAAAACUCGAUUCGCCGAAAUACCAGCAGUUGCGACAGCGAUGGGAAAGGUUUGCGGCACAGUUGAACGAUUUCGAGGCCCAAGUUUCCCAGGGCGACGCCAAAUUCACCUUUGCUUUUGUCCAGGGUAAGAUCGUCCGAGCGCUACGCAAUGGUGAAUGGGUACUCCUCGAUGAGGUCAAUUUGGCAUCGCCAGAUACUCUGGAAAACAUCGCCAGUCUUCUGCAUCAUGGUAGCGAUGGUACACCUUCCGUUCUGCUUUCAGAAGCCGGUGAUGUGGAGCGCGUUUUCGGGCAUCCCGAGUUCCGUAUAUUUGGUGCCAUGAACCCGGCAACAGAUGCAGGGAAGAAGGAUUUACCUCCUGGCCUUCGCUCUCGGUUUACUGAAGUAUACGUGCAUUCUCCUGAUAGUGACAUUGAUGAUCUGUUGUCAUUGAUACAGAAGUAUCUCGGUGACUUGGCAUUAAGCGACUCCAGAGUCGUAUCAGACCUUGCCCACCUCUACAUGGAAACUAAGAAGCUCAGCAACGAGAACAAGCUCACAGACGGAGCCGGGCAACGUCCACAUUUCAGCAUACGAACGCUCGUCCGUGCCUUGAUCUACGUGGCUGACCAUGCACACAUAUAUGGGUUACGCCGAGCUGUUUUCGAAGGAUUCUCCAUGAGUUUCUUGACUGUCUUGAGUCAGGAAUCGGAAAGGCUUCUGGCGCCUCUACUGGAGAGACACAUUUUCAACAAUGCGAAGAACGUCAGGGCGCUUCUUGGACAAACCCCUAGACCCCCAAGUGAUGGGCAUUCUUAUGUGCAGUUCAAACACUACUGGAUGCGGCAAGGGAACACCAUUCCCGAGGAACAGCAUCAUUACAUUAUCACACCUUUCAUUGAGAAGAACUUGAAGAAUCUAGUUAGAGCAAGCUCAACUCGCCGAUUCCCAGUUCUGUUGCAGGGCCCAACUUCCGCUGGAAAAACAAGUAUGAUUGAAUAUCUGGCGAAGGUCUCUGGGAAUAAAUUUGUUCGGAUCAACAACCAUGAACACACAGAUCUCCAAGAAUAUCUGGGGUCGUACGUUUCCGACGAAGACGGAACCCUGCGUUAUCAGGAGGGUAUUAUGGUAGAAGCUUUGCGAAAUGGAUAUUGGAUCGUUCUGGACGAGCUCAACUUGGCGCCAUCGGAUGUCUUGGAAGCAUUGAACAGACUUCUUGACGACAAUCGUGAACUAUUCAUACCUGAAACCCAGGAGGUGGUUCACCCGCACCCGAACUUCAUGCUUUUUGCCACGCAGAAUCCAGCUGGUCUUUACGGUGGUCGAAAGGUGCUAUCCCGCGCUUUUCGCAACCGUUUCCUUGAGCUUCACUUUGACGACAUCCCGGAAAGUGAGCUCGAGUUCAUCUUGAAGGAACGUUCUCAGAUCGCGCCUUCAUUCUGUACCCGAAUCGUAUCCGUAUACCGGAAGCUAUCCCUACUCCGCCAAGCAAAUCGACUUUUUGAGCAGAAGAAUAGCUUUGCCACCCUGCGUGACUUGUUCCGAUGGGCGCUCCGACGAGCAGACGACCGUGAUCAGUUAGCAAUCAACGGUUUCAUGCUGCUUGCAGAGCGUGUUCGCAAUCCACAAGAACGGGCGGCCGUGAAGAGUGUUAUUGAAGAAGUCAUGAAAGUCCGCAUUGACGAGGAUGUGAUAUAUGGUGCUUCGGCGCUAGACCAGCGAGCGCCUCUUCUCAAAACUCUUGCUCCUGGAAUUGUGUGGACGAAGGCCAUGCGAAGAUUAUUCAUUCUGGUUUCUGUUGCGCUGGAGAACAACGAGCCUGUCCUGCUCGUUGGAGAGACGGGUUGCGGAAAGACUCAGCUAUGUCAAGCCGUUGCAGAGGCUUACAGGAAGCAAUUACUCAUCGUCAACGCACAUGUGAAUCUGGAAACAGGUGAUCUUAUUGGAGCUCAGAGGCCUGUUAGAAACAGGGCAGCCAUCGAACAAGCUUUGCUGAGUGACCUUCGGUCCAUCAUCCCUGGAGAAAAUGUUGAAUCAAGCUCGGUCGAGGAGUUGAAACAAGCUUUCAGCGCGUUGGGCGCUGACCAGUUGCAAGCACACGACCCCGAGACAGUGCAACGAAUCGUGAAAAAUAUUGCGCGUGUAAAUGCUUUGUUUGAAUGGUCCGAUGGAAGCUUGAUUACUGCCAUGAGAACGGGGCAGUUUUUCCUCCUCGACGAAAUCUCACUGGCUGACGAUUCGGUGUUGGAAAGAUUGAACAGUGUUUUGGAACCCCAUCGAUCGAUUCUUCUUGCGGAAAAAGGUCCGGUUGAUUCAAUGGUAGUCGCUGAUGACGGUUUCCAGUUCCUUUCUACCAUGAACCCGGGAGGAGAUUAUGGAAAGCGUGAGCUCUCUGCAGCCCUCAGAAACCGACUGACUGAGAUAUGGGCUCCGCAGCUCUCUGAAGACGAAGACAUCUUACCCAUCCUCCAAAUGAAGCUUGAGAUGAAGUCCGAAGAUAUCCCCAAGGGCAUGUUGCAAUUCGCGAAAUGGUUCAAAUCGACCUUGCAGAAUUCUUCAACCGAAUCGCUUUCUAUCCGUGACCUCCUUGGCUGGGUCGAUUUCGUCAACAAGUGUCAGACUACAGACCCUCUAUUUUCAAUUGUGCAGGGUGCGGCAAUGGUCUUUAUCGACACUAUUGGCGCAAAUCCAGCGGCAAUGCUCGCGUCAACGUUGCACGAUCUGGAAGGGAACCGACGACUAUGUCUUGCCAAGCUACGAGAACUCUUCAAUGUGGAUGCCGAGAGCAUUUAUCUCCAACGCUCCACCAUUGAUAUAGAAAAUGGUUCCCUACGCAUCGGCCCAUUCGUCCUUGAUAUGAAUGGUCAGACAACACCAGACCCGGAAUUCAUAAUGGAUGCUCCUACGACAAUUGCCAACUCUGUUAGAAUUGCCCGUGGUUUGCAACUUCCGAAACCCAUUCUUCUCGAGGGCAGUCCAGGUGUAGGAAAAACCACACUUGUGACAGCUCUUGCCAAGGCAUUAGGAAAGCCUCUUACUCGGAUAAAUUUGUCUGAACAAACUGAUCUUACAGACCUGUUUGGAUCAGAUGUGCCGGUGGAGGGUGGUGAUGUUGGUCAAUUUACUUGGCGCGAUGCCCCGUUCCUACAGGCGAUGCAGCGUGGUGACUGGGUUCUUCUGGAUGAAAUGAAUCUUGCCUCGCAGUCUGUUCUUGAAGGUCUGAAUGCCUGUUUGGACCACCGUCAAAUGGUUUACGUUGCAGAGCUUGAUCAAACGUUUAAAAGACAUCCCGACUUUGUCCUCUUUGCUGCGCAGAACCCGCAUCAUCAAGGUGGUGGAAGAAAGGGUCUUCCGGCCUCUUUCGUCAACCGAUUCACGGUUGUGUAUGCGGAUAGCUUCACCAACGAUGACCUGAAGAGGAUAUGCGCAAAGCUUUUCCCUGGGAGCCCUUCCGCACAAACUGAUGGGUUGGUGGACUUCGUGUCGAGGUUGAAUAGGGCUAUUGUUCAAGAACGAAGACUAGGCGCGGUUGGAGGCCCAUGGGAAGUUAAUCUACGAGAUAUCCAAAGGUGGCUCCAGCUAGCAGACCGUGGGUAUUUGCAGAUCCCGACAAGCAACUUCCUUGAUGUCAUCAUCUCCCAGCGAUUCAGGUCUCAAGAGGAUCGGCAGUUGGUCGCUCAGAUUUAUGAGCAGGUUUUCAAGGAUACACCAAGAAUGGCCAAAAACUACUACCACAACCUCACGCCAGACUACAUGCAAGUUGGUUUUGGGACAAUGCGAAGGGAUCCGUUCCUCCAGCAGACCCCGGAACCCCAGAUGAAGAUACUUCCGCGAGAUCUUUCGAUUCUUGAGUCUCUUAUGCUAUGUAUCGAACAAUCAUGGCCCAGUAUCUUGGUUGGACCUUCUGGCUGUGGCAAAACCACUCUGAUCCGAAAGCUCGCGGCCUUGAAUGGUGCCAGCCUUGUUGAGUUGGCCCUGAGUGCUGACACCGACACGAUGGACUUGAUUGGUGGCUUUGAACAAAUUGACCAUAAGCGGGAGGUGUCGUCUCUGAUGCAAGAUAUCUCCCUAUUGCUCCGACAAUACAUCAUUUCUGCAUACUCCUCGGGGAGUGGUUUUGAUGGAGUUCCCGCCUUUCUUCAACUCUAUGAAGCUCUGCAGGACAAGGAGAUCUCAUUGGACAACAUUUGUUCAUCGCUUACGACACUAUGCCAACUUUAUUCCGAAAAAUCCCUUGAAGAUCUCCUUCUCCGUGGUCAAAAUUUGCUGGAAAAAUCAAAACAGUCGGACAAGAUGAAAGUGGGAUUUGAAUGGACAGAGGGCGUCUUAACGCAAGCUGUGCAACAUGGACACUGGGUUAUUCUCGAUAAUGCCAACCUUUGCAACCCCUCUGUUCUGGACAGAUUGAACUCGCUCACUGAACCCAAUGGUGCUUUGAUUCUCAAUGAGCAACGGACUGAAGACGGUUCUGCUCGUGUUAUUAAGCCGCAUCCAAAUUUCAGGCUAUUUUUGACAGUUGACCCUCGUCAUGGAGAACUGUCUCGCGCCAUGAGGAAUCGUUGUGUUGAGGUUUGCUUCUUACCUCAGGAAGAUGACAACAUAGCGGGCACAUUCACGCCUUCCUAUACAUGCCAGUCUUCCUUGUAUCGCCUUCGCUCUAUCUGGAACUUCGAUUCUCCGGUCAUCACUGAAGACCUAACGCGGGUAGCCUAUAAGGUGUGCCUAGAUCACCUUUCCAUCGGAGAUCUUGCCUAUCUCCAGAGAAAUCUCAAUCUCUUCCUACCGUACUGUUCGGAUUCUGUGAAGGAACUGCUCUCGUCGAUACUGCCUCAGUACGUGUCCGUUGUGCAUGACAAUUCGGGCUGGAAGCCUCUUGGUUAUUUCAACAGCACCGUUGCACUUGGCGGUGCUUCCUUGUCUAUUCAGGGACAAUCGCAGCCUCUUCAUCCUUUGGUCAAUGAGCCACUAGCUUCAAUCUUGUGUGAUGAUGUGUCGUUCACUCCCCUUGCAAUUCUGGCGCAAUUACAAGAGUCCAAGCUGGAUCUGUAUCGCUUAAGACAGGGCCUGCAACAAGCAGAUGAGUCAGGAAAACAACUGAAACCGAGUCAAAUGAGUCGAUUGGAGCGGUCCCUGGCUUCCGGGCGCAUCCCGGCUCUCAUGAAAGAUGCAACUCAGCCAGUUGGCUCUUUCCUGUCGGACUGUGGACAAGCAGUGUAUGACUUCAUACAGGGUUUGGAUCAAGAGGUUCUUCAGGCACCUCAGCUUCUCCCCAUCCUUCGAGCAGUCAUCGACUUUUCCAUGGAUAUCUUCAGACUAACUACAGCAAGUGAGGUGGAUGAAGGUGAGUUCCAGGUGUAUCUCCAAAUUGGCAGAGAGUUAUCUGCCUCUCUAGCAGACUCUUGGGCCCUUUUGAAACCAUUGGCGUUUGCCCUGUCCCAAGCGCUUGACCGAUUCCAAGAAAACUGGGCACUUAAAACCGGACUUAGCAUGCAGAGACUGUGGGAGUCCUGGAGACCUGCAACGCCCUCAACACAAAGUCAAUUAAAGUCCAUUCUAGACCUGGAGGCGGUGGCUUCCGAGUUUACCGAUAUUGCCAUCAAAACUCGUCUUGAUUUGUCUAAUCUAAGUCGGGUUCGCGACUCACUCAUCAACGCCCAGCAUUCUAUUCUCGUUGACGGCGCAGACGAAGGACUCCUUGUGCAGGGUCUCAAACAAAUGGUAGCGGAGCUGGCAAAUGCCACACAGAACCGCGAGGCAGCUCAGAAUCCGUAUUUCUUGGAUCAGUUUGAAGCUCUCAGUCAGUACCAUGACAUAUCCUCUGUCUCUCGAAGCAACAAGAGCAGUGGCCAUGCCAUUCAAUCGGUGCUUCCUUUACUCGCUGGUCGUCCUGCCCGUCCUCUGGAUGCUUCAAUGUUUCAAACUCAAGUGCCCAGUACCCUUCACAAGCUGUCACUAUUCUCAGGAUCGGGGCGUUCGUCGGCAUUCGGCACCGCUAUCAACGGCACCUUUUCUUUGGACCUACUCAAGAAAUUGACUUUUGUCGAUCUCACGAUCUUAGGUCAGAUGGACGCCCUCGAAGUGGAGAAGCAGACUCUUUCCAAGAGUUUGGCCCUAUCUUCCCAUGAGGUUUCCAUGGAUCAAUUUAGAGCCCUCAGGCGAGUCUUAUGCGAACUCACUCGAGAGCUUGUCCUUGUGCACAAGGAUUUCUUUGAGCCGCAGUCAUUUGACCAAUUGGUUUCUACGUUGAAGGCGGUCGCUGAACAAGGCACUUCUACUAGCCCACUAUCGGUCAAUAUUCACUUGGAUAAAAGACUACCUGGUGACCAUUAUUUCAAGGCUUUUGCGGAACGAGCACUUCCAGCUCUUCUAGUGUCUCUGGCGACCGAUUCCGUAACUACAGAGGAUGCUCAAAACGCGGGGGCUGCUGUGGUCCAAUUAGCUACCAUACUUCUGCGACUUUUCGUUCCGGACAAGCCAUUUGAUCCCUCUUUGAGCUUAGUUGUUCAAAGGAGUCGCCAUGCACAGCGCACUUCCGAGCUCACUACCAAGGCACAGGCGAUCUCCUCGUUCGAACUUGGCUUCUCCGGUCAAGCCACGAACAUCCGCCACGAUAUCCUGCAGGGACAAUUGCGCGAUUUGGGCUCAGCACCUCCCCCCUCUUCUAUUACUCGGCCGCCUGUCUCAGAGAUGAGUCUACUCCAUGCGGAAUUCUCAAGCUUAGUGAGGUCUGUUCUCGAUAGACAUCCCGAAAACAUCGUAAACGCCCCGGUUGAGAAGGCAUCUGAAGGCUUGGUGGGACUAUUGCGAGAUAAUAUCCGCCAACUGAGCCAACGUCUGAGCACAAACUACCGAUCUUAUGACGACUUGACAGUCCCUGUUGUUCGCUUCCUUGAAAUCCUGGAUCUCGGUCUUUCCCUUGCUUCCAGCCGAUUCCAGUCACCAAAUGAUAUGCAGGCCGUUCAGACCAUCAGCGAGAGCACGCCGUUCCUUGGAGGCCAUGUUCAUCCGAUUUCGGCCUUCGAGAGUCAAAUCACUGAUGCCAAUCCAAAGCGUGCUAUCGAGCUGUGGUUCCACAAAUUAUCAUCCUUGAGAGUGGCCGGGAAUGCGGACGCAACAGUGCUUUCUACUCAGGUGGGACGCAACGCUCUUCGCAAGCUAUUCGAUCACUUCCAUUUGUUGUGGAAGGCAAAGCUGCGGGAGGAUCAGGAAGAAGAGGCGCAGAACUCCAAUCUAUACCACUACAGGGGAUCCUGGGAAGAUGGCGAGGAAGUUAACGAGAAGGAACUCAAUGAGCUUUUCCCUACAUAUGACGGCGAUACAGCUGAAGAAGGUGCCAAGCCUACCCGCAUUGAUCCCAAGGCUAUUUCCCUCCGGCUCGCCUCCCUGCACGCAAAAUUAUUCCGGGUCGAAAACCCUGCGAGUGUUCUCACAGCCUACGUCAAAGAAUCUGCUACACUGCUCGGUUCAAUCUGGUCUGAGAAAGAGGGUUCUAGUUCUUACGUUCAUCCUAAGGAGCAUAUCUCCGGUAUACUCCUGCUUUUGGAGGACGCCCUCAACAUAGAGGCAGACUCUGUGAACAACUACAACUUCUAUACUGAUGCAAACAUCGGAGAAGCCCGGAAACUUGUCUCUUUGGCCUUGUCCACACAAUCUCGAUUCCUCCAGAUUCAGAAGUCCUGGCCUGACCAUGCUGUUCUCGAGGAUGUUAUCCUAUGUUGCAAGGAGAUCCUCCAGUUCAAGCACACCGAGCCUGUUGCGAAGUUCAUCACCAAGGUUGAGAAGCUGCAUGGGCUGGUUCACGAGUGGCAGCUUGUUGCAAGCAGAGAAUUCUCAGCGGCAGCUGUUUACGACGAGAUCACUGCCUUGACCAUCAAUUGGCGACGACUUGAGUUGUCCACCUGGGCUAGACUUUUGGAGAUCGAAAGAGAGAAGUGUGGACAAGAUGUGGGCUCGUGGUGGUUUGUUGCCUAUGAGGCAAUCAUUGGUGCCCCUAUUCAGAUCGCGGAGGCUAGCUCGGGAGAGUUGAACAACCACGUUCUCGAGGUUAUCUCAACAUUGGAACAAUUCUUCCUCUCAACCACUCUGGGCCAGUACAGUGGACGCUUGCAACUCAUUAAGGACUUCCGCACGUUGUUACUGCUUUAUGUUGAGGACCUUCCUUCCCUGAAGCAACUCACCUCCGCCUUGAACAACUUCAUUCAACGUUACACGCAGUACGAGCCCGUGGUGCACAAGAUACUGAAUGAAAGAAGAGUGGCGCUCGAGAAGGAAAUCAAGGAGCAGAUUCAGCUCGCUAGUUGGAAGGACACGAACAUUGUUGCUCUCCGGGAAAGUGCCCGACGAUCGCACACCAAGUUGUUCAAAUUGGUCCGCAAAUAUCGGGAGAUACUAGUUCAACCUGCUCAACAAUUUCUGGAGCAGGACAUGCCGGAUGAUAACGAAGAGCUCAAACCCACCCUUCACCGACCAGACCUAUCCUCAGCAAGCUUCCCGGGCGCUCUUGAAAUGUGUCAAACAAUUGAUAAAGCCUGGGCUAAUCGGCCGCCCAGAUUCAGAGAUCCAAGUGGUACAGUGGGCAACAUGACACACAUGUAUGUGUCCAUUCCUGCCGAGUUUGAUGUGGCCGGGGAACUUGAAGGCUUUGUCAAAUUCUUCAUUGAGAGCAUAAAGGAAUUCAGGACACAAACACCCAAGGUUCUGACCGAGGAGAACAAGGAUGGGGUGCAGCAUCUGAAGGUCCAAAAGCGUCGCUUCUAUGCGGACACAUUGCGUCGCAUCAUGGAAAUGGGCGUCAAGCGCAGUGCUAGCAUGAACUUGAUGGAAACGCAAGCAUCCGUUUCACAUGUCCUUGCUACCAGCCCAACCUUGGGAGGCGAGGCCAUGCAGAACGAUACCACGAAGAGUGCCGACCUGUACUUCCACAGAUUCUUAGACCUCCUUCCUCGUGUGCGUCAAGCAUCGCGCAACUACUCUGAAGAUCUCAGCAACGUGGAAAUCUCAAGAAGCUCGGGAUCUAUUGAACACUUGCUGUUCUUGAUUCGCAAGCAGAGAACUGUUAUCUCACCCGCGCUAUUCGACUUGGAAGCACUCAAUUCAACGCUUGUCAAGACCGCAAACAUGUGGACCUCAGGGUCCAAGUCGAUCUACAAGCCAAUUGCCGGGUUCUUAGAGCAGACGCAAGACGUGUCACGGGCCGUCUCCUGGUUGGCUCCUAUACUUGGGCUGGCCGCUACAAUUGUGGAACUGCAUGCCAAGUUCUCCGGCAUCGACUGUCUGGUCGUCUCUAAUGGUUUGCGCUCUUGGAAAGAAACGUUUGACCGCUUGCGAAAGUCGCUCACCAGCCUUCCGGAGCUGCCAAAGGGUGUAUCCUCACAGGACCAUAAGGGAGUUCUGGAGGAGACCUCGUCCUCUUUCACUGAGCUGAACCAACAAAUCAUCCAAUGGACUGAAGCCCGUCCUGAUCUUUCCUUUGCCUUGUCCCAGAUAACCCCUUGGACUAACGUCAACAUCCAGGCGAUUGAAGGGUUGCGUACUGAUGAUGGAUUGGCGAUUGAGGACUUUGAUCGAAGUCUCCUCGCAGCGGUUGACAAAAUUCUUGUCAGUAUUCAAAAACUCAGAGAGGCACCGACUCUCGUUGCAUCCCCAGGUCUCCUGGCACGAAGUGACGAGUUCUUCAAUAAGGCAGUCAAGGCUAUCCACGUGGCCGGUAUCACUUCGUCACUCGAUUCUGUCCUGGAAACGCUUCAGCAUGUUCAAGAGCGCGCAGAUUCCGGACUUGCCUUCGCGAGCGCACUACUCGCCAGUCUGCUUCCCAUCAUGAACAAGUACUGCCACAUCUGCAAGGAUCUUCUGGAUCGAUUCAUCACCGUCCACCGCGAGACGUGCAAGAUGUCAUAUGUGCUCGCCAAGUCCUUCAACCAGAUCGCUUCCGAGGGAUUCUGCAUGCCCGCCGAGGCAUCCACAGAAGAGAGCAAGUCUGGGCAAUUGGAGAGUGGAACGGGUCUCGGUGACGGCGAGGGCGCUGAUGAUAUCAGCAAAGAUGUCGGAGCUGAUGAAGACCUCUCGGAGCUUGCCCAGGAACAAAACGAAAACCCUAAAGAGGACAUGGACAAGUCUGCGGACGCAGUGGACAUGGACCAGGAAGACAUGCAAGGCGAGGAGGGUGAGCGCAAGGAAGACGACGAACAAGACAAUGACGAGAGUGGCGACGAAGAGGAAGAUGGUGAUAUCGAUGAGGAAGUAGGAAGCGUGGAUGAUCUCGAUGCCUCGGCAGUGGAUGAAAAGAUGUGGGAUGGCGCCCACGACGAGCAGCAAAAGGAGACUGAGAACGAACAAGGCAAGGGUCAGAAUGAGUCCGACGAGCAGUCUGCAGCGCACGAGGAGAAGAAGAAGGACGAGAAUGGAGAGGAGGCUGAGAAAAAGGAGGGCGAGGAUGAGGAAGAAGAGCCGGAAGAGGAUGAAGAAUCUCCCGAGGAAGAAGGCGAAGCUGUUGGACGUGAAGAUAUGGAUGUCACAGAUCCACAUGCCAAGGAAGAGGAAGCUCUUGACCUUCCGGAUGAGAUGCAACUUGAUGGCGAGGAGAAGGGCGACGAAGGCCAAGAAAGUGACGACGGUCUCGACGAUGACCUGUCGGACUUAGGAGCUGCUCCUGCAGAGGAGGAGCAGAACGCAGAUGGUCUAGACGACAACCAAGAGAACGAUGGCAUGGAGCCGGGUGAAGAAGAGCAAGACAUUGAUCAAGCCGAGGAAGAAGCCAAUGAGGAUGACAACAUGGGCGAAGCCGAAGCUGAUGGUGAAGAAGAAACCGAGAAGCCUGGAGAGGAACCCGAGGAAACGCCCCAAGACGACCUUCUCCUCCAGUGUGACGAGAACGAGAUGAAUGGAGAAGACGUGGCACCUAGCGAUGCUGUCAAUGGUGGACUGGGUGCUGACCAGGACCAGAAUCAAGAAAAGGGCGCAUCCGGUAACGCACAGCAAGAGAACGGCUCUAAGGACCAAUCUGCUGAGCAGCAACAACAAACCGGUGCUUCUAAGGAUGGAGACGACAGUGAGCGGCACAGAGAUGCAGGAGGCGCGGACGAUCCCAACCCCGAGGACCCUCAGCUGCAGGCAUUCAAGAAGCUGGGUGAUAUGUUAGAGGAAUGGCAUCGCAGGCAGAAAGAAAUCAAGAACGCCUCCAACCAGGAAGACGAAGAGUCCCAAGAUCCUCUGCCUCAGGAUACAGACAUGGCAGAUGCGGAUUUCGAGCAUCUCGCAGACCAAGACGAUGUCGCCGAUACUCAAGCCCUUGGCCAAGCAAAUGAGGAGCAAGCAAAGGCCCUCGAUCAGAAUAAGGGCGUCGAGUCAGACAUCAAGCCUGGAGAGAACGAGCCUCUGCCGGACUCGGACGAACCCCAAGACCUUCCGGGCAAUGAGCUGGAAGAUGAAAUGCAGCUGGAUCAGGGUCCCACGGCUGCUGAAGGACAAUCCGCAGGCGCGAUGAUCCCUGGCAACUCGCAGACCCAGGAGCGCACCACUGACGCUCUCGGUCAACAAGAAAUCAACGAGGAGCUAGAUGAAGUGGACGCACAUCUCGCAGCCAUCCACCUUUCGUCCACUCUGCCCCCUCUCACCCCCAGGGAUGAGGCCCAGCGACUCUGGUCGCACUACGAAUCCGUCACUAACGACCUCUCCCUCUCUCUGACCGAACAACUCCGCCUCAUCCUCGCACCGACCAUGGCAACGAAGCUGCGCGGCGAUUUCCGCACGGGUAAACGGCUGAACAUCAAGCGUAUCAUUCCGUACAUCGCGUCGCAAUACAAGCGCGACAAGAUCUGGAUGCGACGAUCCAUCCCCUCCAAGCGCAACUAUCAAAUCAUGCUUGCUGUCGACGAUAGCAAGUCCAUGCUGGAGAGCGGAAGUGGCCAACUUGCGUUCGAAACCCUAGCGCUCGUAUCCAAGAGUCUUAGCAUGCUCGAAGCCGGCGAUCUCUGUGUCCUCGGAUUCGGCAGCGAAGACCACGUCCGUGUUGCGCACGACUUCGGCAAACCGUUCUCGUCGGAAGCCGGCAUGCAGGUCUUCCAGCACUUCAGCUACCAGCAGACCGGCACCAACGUGCGCAAACUGAUCGCCGACUCGAUCGCCUUGUUCCGAGAAGCUCGCUGGAAGCAGUCUCCGGGAGGAAGCAACGCCGACCUCUGGCAGCUGGAGCUCAUCAUCUCCGAUGGUAUCUGUGAGGACCACGACACUAUUCAGCGCCUUGUGCGCCAGGCCCAGGAGGAGCGGAUCAUGAUUGUGUUCAUCAUCGUCGAUGCCGUCAAGGGCAGUUCGAUCCUGGAUCUCAGCCAGGCUAGCUUCGAACCGGACACUGAGAGCGGGACUGGAGAGAUGAAGUUGAAAAUGAAACGGUAUCUGGAAGAAUUCCCCUUCCCUUAUUAUCUGGUCGUACGCGAUGUUAAGGAGUUACCGGCUGUUUUGGCUACGGCGUUGAAGCAAUGGUUCGCAGAGGUUGUUGAUGUUUCCUCUUAA